CGAACCCACCCCCUGAUCUUCCUCCUACACCCCAAUCACCCUCCAAAGAUGUCUUAGCACUAUGCCCAUCCCGUCACACUCGACCUUCUCCCUCGCCCAACUGGCCGCUCCGGCCGUCACCACCCUCAUCGCCUUCCUGGCCUAUAGCUCGCAAUACCUGCUCCAGCACUUCCAGCCGGCGCCGCUGCGGGGUUCGGAAUUCUGGCGACUGAAUGUCCUGGCGGCGUGCAUCUGGAUCUGCUACUAUCGGACCUGCACCGUAGACCCGGGUCGCAUCCCCAAAGACUGGAAGUCGAAGCAGCAGCAGCAGCAGCAGCAGCAGAAGCAGCAGCAAACCGCCAGCUCAGGGAUUCGUAAGCAGCCGCUGGGGACGCAGCAAGUGGGAGGAAUCGGAGCAAGAUGGUGUCGUAAAUGCGAAGCGUAUAAGCCGCCGCGAGCUCAUCAUUGUCGAAGUUGUCAGAGAUGCAUCCCAAAAAUGGACCACCACUGCCCCUGGACCGCCAACUGCGUCUCACACUUCACGCUCCCGCACUUUGUGCGGUUCUUAUUCUACGCGGUCGUGGGGAUGGGGUAUUUGGAAGCGGCGCUGGUGGAGCGCGCCUCGUUGGUCUGGGCUGCGAGGACGUUACCUAGUUAUCUCGGCCCCACCGCCCUCCAACUCGCCCAUCUCUUCAUCCUCCUCCUCGUCAACAGCCUCACGGUCUUCAUGCUUGGCAUUCUGUUAGUGCGCACUGUCUGGUCCCUGGCGCUGAACAUUACCACCAUCGAGGAGUGGGAGAUUGAGCGCCACCAGACGCUGCUGCGGCGCGCGCGGCAUUUCGGGGGCUAUCUGCAGGGGCCGGGGGGCGUCCGGGUGCAGAUCCGGAAGCAGGAGUUCCCAUUUGACGUGGGGGUUUGGGCGAAUUUGAAGGCUGGAAUGGGAGGUGGGAAUGUCCUAAGCUGGUUCUGGCCCCUAGCUCGAACCCUCGAUCGGCGGUCCGGGUUGGAGUUCGAGGUCAAUGGCUUUGAAGACCCCUCCCUCCCCUGGCCACCCCCCGACCCAGAUCGAAUUCCCUGGCGUCCUACCCCUCCCCUUCAUGGUGCAAGCCACAGCACGAGCACGAGCGCCAACACCAUCCCACCCACGCAGACCGAGACUCAACCCCCAGUCCUCCGCCGCAAACGCUUCCACCGCCGCUUCAACCACCGCGGCAAUCCCACCGAUGCUAACAGCGAUGGUGACAACAGCAACUCUGCCAGUAACAGCGACGCUGAGUCUGACUCAAAUCUCACCGAGAUGGACGGAGAGGAAGGCUGGCGUAACGCCGAGGGCGAGCGGCUGCGCGACUUCGGGGUGGAGGAGGAUGUAGAAUUCUAUGAUGAGGAGGAUAUUCCGUUGGCGAUUUUGAUGGCGCGGCGGGGGCUGGUUGGGGGUUCUUAGUUUGUUGUCUAUGGUGGUGUUUCUUUGUGUAUCUCAUGUGGGGGGUUUGCUUGUGGAUUCAUGUGGGAGGUUCAAGGUCAAAGGGUUCCGGAUGGAGAAUUAGGCUAGAGCAGUGGGUUUGUGAAUUUGGGGCCAUGGUUAGGCGUAUGACCGGUAUGGCAGUCUUAGCAGCCGUGUCCUGGCUGCGGAAAAAGCAUUCGCCUCUGGAAGUGGGUUGAGUAUAGAUAGGGCCAAGCAGUCCACGGUACCGAGGUAAGUUAUACUUGGCGUUGCUUAUCUGCUUAUCUGGAACUUGCUGAAUAUCUUAGGCUCAAGUUCGAUACAAAUGAGC